AUGUCAGCUUUGACUUGUCCUAACAGGGGUUGCUCAUGUAUACUGACUAGGCAAGUUACAUGAAGAUGCCGAAUCCUCCGGUUCGGGAACGGGUGAUGCCGAACUCCCUAGUGAGGACUCGGUCGUUGGUCGGAUCAUAAAGCUUAAGAGGGUCAAAAAAAGAAAAGAAACAACAGCCCUGCUCUUGCUAGAAAUCAUGCUGAUAGGUUCAGCACUAUGAUAUGCACGAUUUAAAAGUUGUGCAUCUGACGGAGAAGGUUGACAAGGGCUUUCAGGAGAUGAAAGAUGGAUUUAAAAGGACCGACCGCUGGAUGAUGCUCCUCCAAAAAGCUAUCUGUAGAGCAACUGAUAAAUAUCUUGUGCGUAGUUCAUUCUUAAGGGCGGUUUUGAUAGUGCAAACUCUGCGGGUUUGAUCGGGAAGAAAUCCAAGGAGAGUGGAGAUCCAGCUCAGAGGUGCUGA